GAGUCACUUUAAGAAGUUAGAGAGCAGACUCUGCUGCUUUGACUGUGCUCCAGGGUUUUUUCUACUCUGCCAAGCAAGCAACUGAACCGGGAAGAUGGCCUGGGAAGGAGGAAAUGAGCCCAAUGGCACGGAGGGCAAGAACUUCUACAUCCCCAUGAGCAACAGGACGGGGCUUGUGAGGAGCCCAUUUGAAUAUCCACAGUACUAUUUGGCGGAUCCAUGGCAAUUCAAGAUCCUGGCUUUAUACAUGUUUUUCCUGAUCUGCACCGGCUUUCCCAUCAACGCCCUGACACUGGUGGUCACAGCUCAGAACAAGAAGCUCCGGCAACCUCUCAACUUCAUCCUUGUUAACUUGGCUGUGGCUGGACUCAUCAUGGUCUGCUUUGGAUUCACUGUGACCAUUUAUUCUUGUAUGUUUGGCUACUUUGCCAUGGGCCCCAUGAGCUGCGCUAUUGAGGGAUUCAUGGCAACACUCGGAGGUCAAGUAGCUCUGUGGUCUCUUGUCGUUCUGGCUGUUGAGAGAUACAUUGUGGUCUGCAAACCCAUGGGCAGCUUCAAAUUCACAGCCAGCCACGCCGGAGCUGGCUGCGCAUUCACCUGGAUCAUGGCACUGUCCUGUGCUGCUCCUCCUCUUGGUGGCUGGUCAAGAUACAUUCCUGAAGGUAUUCAGGUUUCCUGCGGGCCCGACUACUACACUCUGGCCCCAGGCUUCAACAAUGAAUCAUACGUCAUGUACAUGUUCAGCUGCCACUUCUGUGUUCCCGUCUUCCUCAUCUUCUUCACAUAUGGAAGCCUUGUGCUGACAGUCAAAGCCGCUGCAGCCCAGCAGCAGGACUCUGCAUCCACCCAGAAGGCUGAGAAGGAAGUCACACGUAUGUGCUUCCUGAUGGUGCUGGGCUUCCUCUUUGCCUGGACCCCAUACGCUUCCUUUGCUGCCUGGAUCUUCUUCAACAAGGGAGCUGCAUUCUCAGCUACAGCCAUGGCUAUCCCUGCCUUCUUCUCAAAGAGCUCCGCGCUAUUCAACCCUGUCAUCUACAUUUUGAUGAACAAACAGUUCCGUAACUGCAUGCUUGCCACAGUUGGAAUGGGCGGGAUGGUUGAUGAUGAGACCUCAGUAUCUGCCAGCAAGACAGAAGUGUCUUCUGUCUCUCAAGGUAUAAAAACCACCCAUCGCCACUCUGAGGCUUGUGUGCACCUGCUCUCAUCAGAGUCUUUGCAGGAAGAAUCUCAGCAGAACAACCGACCAGCAAAGAUGGUGUGGGACGGAGGAAUUGAGCCCAAUGGCACUGAAGGCAAGAACUUCUACAUCCCUAUGUCCAACAGGACUGGGAUUGUUAGAAGUCCUUUUGAAUACCCACAGUAUUACAUGGUAGACCCAAUGGUCUUCAAGCUUCUAGCGUUCUACAUGUUCUUCCUGAUCUGCACCGGGACGCCCAUCAACACCCUGACGCUCUUCGUAACCGCUCAGAACAAGAAGCUCCGUCAGCCUCUCAACUACAUCUUAGUCAACCUGGCUGUGGCUGGACUUAUUAUGUGCAUGUUUGGCUUCACCAUCACCAUCACAUCUGCCUUCAACGGCUACUUCAUUCUUGGACCCACCUUCUGUGCUAUUGAGGGAUUCAUGGCCACACUUGGAGGUGAAGUUGCUCUCUGGUCUCUUGUGGUUCUGGCUGUUGAGAGAUACAUUGUCGUCUGCAAGCCCAUGGGAAGCUUCAAAUUCACUGGAACCCAUGCUGGAGCUGGAGUCCUCUUCACCUGGAUCAUGGCCAUGGCUUGCGCAGCACCCCCUCUUUUCGGCUGGUCCAGGUACAUUCCUGAGGGCAUGCAGUGCUCAUGUGGACCCGACUACUACACUCUGGCUCCAGGCUACAACAAUGAGUCAUAUGUCAUCUACAUGUUUGUUGUUCACUUCUUCUUGCCAGUCUUUGUCAUUUUCUUCACUUAUGGAAGCCUUGUGCUGACAGUCAAAGCCGCUGCAGCCCAGCAGCAAGACUCAGCUUCCACCCAGAAGGCUGAGAAGGAAGUGACACGCAUGUGCGUCUUGAUGGUCUUUGGCUUCCUGGUAGCUUGGACACCCUAUGCCACCUUCGCUGGAUGGAUCUUCCUGAACAAGGGAGCUGCCUUCUCUGCCCUGACUGCUGCUAUCCCUGCUUUCUUUGCAAAGAGCUCCGCCUUGUACAACCCUGUCAUCUAUGUGCUGAUGAACAAGCAGUUCCGUAACUGCAUGCUGAGUGCUAUUGGAAUGGGCGGCAUGGUGGAGGAUGAGACCUCAGUUUCCACAAGCAAGACAGAAGUGUCCUCAGUGUCUUAAUUCUGAUGACAUCUUCAAAUCUGUGGACAUUUUACUUUCCGAUUGCUUCCAGAUUUUAGGAGAUCCCAUCAAAAAGAAAGUCUUCAACUUUUGCCAAAUGGAAUUAUGGAUUCAACAAGCGGACUCUGGAACAAACACACUGAGGAAUUCUUUUUCAUCUGCAAAUAUGUGUAAAAUAACAAGUGUAAAAAAA